UUUGAUUGUGGUUAUAUUCAUACAAACAAUUAGUUUAUGGCAAAAUAGUGGUGACAAUUUUGUGUUGACAAGAUUUGUUUAUCUCAAUCAGCAUCAGAAAAAUAGAAAGGUAAUCCACAAAAAAAUCAUGAUGGGCCGAUAUUUUCAACUAUUUUUGAUUUUAUCACUCACAAGUUUAUUUUAUACAAGUGUGAAAAGUGAAGGUAAAUCUAGAAUAGUGUGUUAUUUUAGUAAUUGGGCAAUACAUAGACCGGGUAUUGGAAGUUAUCGAAUUGAUGAUAUCCCAGGUGAUUUAUGUACACAUGUUAUAUAUUCUUUUAUUGGAGUUAAUGAUAAAAACUGGGAGGUUUUAGUCCUAGAUCCAGAGAAUGACGUUGAACAAAUGGGUUUCAAAAACUUUACGGAUUUACGUCAUAAAUAUCCAGGAUUAAAAUUAGAGGUAGCUGUUGGUGGUUGGGGUGAAGGAGGUUCAAAAUAUUCAAAAAUGUGUGCUGAAAAAUCACGACGAGAUUCAUUUAUUGCUAGUGUGAUUGCAUUUAUGAAUCAGUAUGAAUUUGAUGGUUUUGAUUUGGAUUGGGAAUAUCCUGGUGCAGCAGAUCGUGGAGGUUCCUUUUCUGAUAAGAAUACCUUCUUUUUCUUUGUCGAAGAAUUACGUCGAGCAUUCAAUAAAGUUGGCAAAAAUUGGGAAAUAACAAUGGCUGUACCUUUAGCCAAGUUUCGAUUGCAAGAAGGUUAUCAUGUACCAGAUUUAUGCCAAUUGGUUGAUGCCAUUCAUGUGAUGUCCUACGAUUUACGAGGAAAUUGGGCUGGUUUUGCUGACACUCAUAGUCCUUUAUAUAAAAGACCUCACGAUCAAUGGGCUUAUGAAAAAUUGAAUGUGAAUGAUGGUCUACAAUUAUGGGUUGAUAUGGGCUGUCCACCAGACAAAUUAGUCGUUGGAAUUCCAUUCUACGGUAGAACAUUUACUUUGAGUAGCAGUAAUACUAAUUAUGAGCCAGGUACAUACAUUAAUAAAGAAGCUGGCGGUGGAACACCAGGACCUUAUACAAAUGAAACUGGAUUCUUAGCUUAUUAUGAAAUUUGUCCAGAAGUACAAAAUCCAGAAUCUGGUUGGACAUUACGUUGGGAUGAAAAAGGUCUCGUGCCAUUUACCUACAAGGGAAAUCAAUGGGUUGGUUAUGAAAAUGAAAAAAGCAUUCAAUAUAAAAUGGAUUGGCUUAAACAGAAAGGAUAUGCUGGUGCUAUGACUUGGGCAAUCGAUAUGGAUGACUUUACAGGAGUUUGUGGUUCUGUGAAUCCAUUAAUGAAUAUUCUUUACAAUAAUUUGAAAGAUUAUGUUGUACCAACUCCUACAGUGACUACAACUCCACGUCCGGAAUGGGAUCGACCUCCUAGUACAACACCAUCUGAUGGUGAUAGAAUAUCUACGACAAAGAAACCCACAACUGUUUAUGAUGUAACAAUAACAAGCACGUCAAGAAAACCUACUAAAGCACCUGUAAAAAGUACUAAACGUCCAACGACGACAACUUCAACAACACCCAAGCCUCCAUCCAUACCAGAAUUAGUGGAAAUUCCUGACGAAGAAGUUGAAAAUGCACCAGAAGAAAAUUUAAAUGCAAUUGGAUCUGAAGUAGAUUGUGGAAAUAAUGAUUACAUGCCACACAAAGAUUGUGAUAAAUAUUACCGAUGUGUUUAUGGUAAACCAACAGUAUUUGAAUGCCGUGAUGGUACUGUUUAUCACACAGAAACACAUGUUUGUGAUUGGAGAGAGAAUUCGGACCGUGAAGAAUGUAAAACCGAGAAAUAAAUCCUUAUGGAAAACACACCACCUAUUGUAGUGACAUUUUACAUUAAUAUUAGUUUAUUUAUAAAUAUUUUUUAGUUGUAUUG